UUUUACCUCAGGCUUUUAUUUCCUUCCCCCAGUUUCUGAGUUCUCAACUCAGUUUCUUAGGUAUCCAGAAAUCGUUACUCCUAGCUAUACCGUAUUAUAGUAAUAGGUAGUAUUUAGUGAGAGUUUACUACAUGCUAUAUGAUGUAAUAAACAGUUUGCUUGUGUUGACCCAUUUAAUCCUUGCAAUCACCCUGUGAGGUAGGUAAUUUAUUACUCCUCAUUUCACGAAUGAAGGAAACAAGUCACUGAGAAGCUUGCUGAAGGUCGCAUAGCUAGUGAAGGGUAGAGCUGCAACUGGAGCUUCCUGACCAUUGUGCUGUAUACUGCCUGAGUAUCUCUCUGCCCUGCCCUGCACCCCUUGUUUCCAAAUGGAAAUGGAAGCCCACUAUCUAUGCCGUUGCUUUCCUUGUUUUAUUUUUAAUUCUUUUGUAACGAAAUCACAUAUUUAGAGCUCUCAGCCUGUCUGGGCAUAUGAUACUGCCACCAUGUGUGUUUUAAAGUUUUGCGAGUUAUCUUAAUCUCCCUUUUGCUGCUUCUCUCUCUAGACAUACCUGCGCAUCUAAAUAUUUUCUCGGAAGUUCGUGUUUAUAAUUAUCGAAAACUUAUCUUGUGUUAUGGAACCACCAAGGGAAGCUCAGUAAGUCUGUGAACUUAGUGAAACUGAAGUUCCUCUCCUAAAUCUUCUAAAAUUUUUUUUUCAUGUUUAUUCAUUUUUGAGAGAGCAGGGGAGGGGCAGAGAGAGAGAGAGAGAGAGAGACAUAGAAUCCGAAGCUGGCUCCAGGCUCUGAGCUGUCAGCACAGAGCCUGACGCGGGGCUAGAACCCACAGACCGUGAGAUCAUGACCUGAGUCGAAGUCAGAUGCUUAACCGACUGAGCCACCCAGGCGCCCCAUCUCCUAAAUCUUCUAAAAAGCAAGAAUUUCAAAACUAUGAAAACUACCUUGAAAUAAUUGAGGACUCAAAUAAAUAUUGGGGAUAAAAAUGAUAAACUUUAAGUACUUUGAUGAUAUUUAAUGUAUUAUAAUGUUUAACUCUUUAAAAUCAAAAGCAAAAAUUAUGCCCUCUUUGAUGGGGUAUAUAAUCUUGAUGAGUUUUGGACAAGGUAAUGUACUUUUGGUGUUUGUAUUUGUUUUCUUCACGGAUUUCAAAUCUGGUUAGCAUCAGGAUCACUUUAAUGAAAGAUUAUGAAUGGUUUUGAACAAUACAGUAUGUCUCUGCUUUUGGUCACAUGACUAUCAACAUUGGUCCUGUCUCAGUCUUGAAGGUAUUCCCUAUAAUCUCUUAUUUCCUUAUUUUCUUCCCACCCCAUAUGUAAAGUCCUAGAAAUUUCGCAUAAAAAUUUAGCCAGCUGACUUCUUUCAGGACUCUUCUACAUCAAGUAAUAUCAGAAAUUCCUUGAGUGUUUUAAAAUCUAUUAACUGAAGGCAUCUGUGUUGGAGGUGGCUUCCUUUCCCUUUACGACAGUGCUCACCCAGAGGGUGACUUUUCUUCAGUCCUAGAUAAGAAACACCCCCAUGAUGGUUUUUAAAUAAAAUUUAAUCCAAAUUGUCUUCUUUAGCACCUUCUCUUUCUGUUUUAUUUAGUGGAAGUGGGCUAAUACAUAGUCUGCAAAUGUACUGGCCCAUAAUACCAGUACAUCUGGAGUUCACAGAGUCCAGCCUUCUGGCUGGCUUUCCAAAAAGACCUCAUGUAGAUCUUUGGCGUUUUGCCUUACUGUUGAAACAUUGUUUUUUCUUCUGCUGGAAUCUGUUACUUUCUCAGUUUCUGAAACCUGUAAUCUCUUUGAUUUAGAUUAGUAUCCAGUGGAAUUCCAUACAUCAGAAAUUUCACAUCUCUUUGGGAACUGUUGGUCCAAACUCAGGUUGCAGUAACUGUCACAAUACCAUUCUCCAUCAGCUUCAAGAAAUGUUCAACAAAACACCGAAUGUGGUUCAGUUAUUACAGGUACUCUUUGAUACUCAGGCUCCGUUAAAUGCCAUCAACAAACUCCCCACUGUGCCGAUGUUGGGCUUGACCCAGAGAACCAAUACUGCUUACCAGUGCUUCUCCAUCCUGCCACAGUCGUCCACCCACAUCAGACUGGCCUUCAGGAACAUGUAUUGCAUUGAUAUUUACUGCCGGAGCCGAGGCGUGGUGGCAAUACGGGAUGGUGCCUAUAGUCUUUUUGACAAUAGCAAGUUAGUUGAAGGUUUUUAUCCUGCACCCGGACUAAAGACAUUCCUGAAUAUGUUUGUUGACAGCAAUCAGGAUGCUCGAAGAAGGUCUGUAAACGAGGAUGAUAAUCCCCCUUCUCCCAUAGGGGGAGAUAUGAUGGAUUCUUUAAUCUCACAGCUCCAGCCACCACCCCAGCAACAGCCAUUUCCCAAGCAGCCAGGGUCAUCAGGCGCUUAUCCUCUUACUUCACCCCCUACAUCUUACCACAGCACAGUUAAUCAGUCUCCCUCUAUGAUGCACACACAGUCUCCAGGGAAUCUGCAUGCCGCCAGCUCCCCCAGUGGGGCUUUGAGAGCCCCUUCACCAGCGUCAUUUGUUCCAACUCCUCCCCCAUCCUCGCAUGGAAUCUCAAUAGGACCAGGGGCCAGUUUUGCUAGUCCACAUGGAACCCUGGACCCUAGUUCUCCAUACACUAUGGUGUCACCAAGUGGACGAGCCGGGAACUGGCCAGGGUCUCCUCAAGUGUCCGGCCCCUCACCAGCAACGCGCAUGCCUGGAAUGUCACCAGCCAACCCAUCACUACAUUCUCCGGUUCCAGAUGCUUCUCAUUCCCCUCGAGCUGGAACAAGUUCCCAGACUUUGCCAACAAACAUGCCUCCACCUCGUAAACUACCUCAGCGCUCCUGGGCAGCCUCCAUACCUACCAUCCUCACUCACAGUGCCUUGAACAUUUUACUGCUGCCCUCUCCAACACCAGGCCUUGUGCCUGGCCUGGCAGGUAGUUACCUUUGUUCUCCACUUGAGAGAUUCCUUGGAUCCGUCAUCAUGAGACGACACCUUCAAAGAAUUAUUCAACAAGAAACGCUGCAGCUGAUAAACUCCAACGAACCUGGAGUGAUCAUGUUUAAAACUGAUGCGCUGAAAUGCAGAGUAGCCCUUAGUCCCAAAACCAACCAGACACUUCAGCUAAAAGUGACACCUGAAAAUGCAGGACAGUGGAAACCUGAUGAACUUCAAGUUUUAGAGAAAUUCUUUGAAACAAGAGUUGCAGGACCGCCAUUUAAAGCCAAUACUUUAAUAGCCUUCACCAAGCUGUUAGGAGCUCCUACACACAUCCUCAGGGACUGUGUGCAUAUUAUGAAGCUAGAGCUGUUUCCUGACCAGGCAACACAGCUAAAAUGGAACGUUCAGUUUUGCCUGACCAUUCCUCCCAGUGCACCACCGAUCGCGCCUCCCGGGACGCCCGCUGUGGUGCUGAAAUCCAAAAUGCUUUUUUUUCUUCAACUAACUCAGAAAACAUCGGUCCCUCCCCAAGAGCCUGUUAGUAUUAUAGUUCCAAUCAUUUAUGACAUGGCCUCAGGCACCACCCAACAGGCAGACAUUCCCAGACAGCAGAACUCUUCUGUUGCUGCGCCCAUGAUGGUCAGCAACAUUCUGAAGAGGUUUGCAGAGAUGAACCCACCGCGACAAGGUGAAUGCACAAUAUUUGCAGCUGUUCGUGAUUUAAUGGCUAAUCUUACACUGCCCCCUGGUGGGCGUCCAUAGACACUAUUGUUUUUAAACCAGGAAGGCUGACAAAUGAGACAAAACAGCAAAAAAAAAAAAAAAAAAAAAAUCUGAAUUUAGCCUUCAGUUUAAAAAGAAAAAGGACUUUUUUUGACUUUUAGAGAUAAAUAUUCUAAACUGGCAAAAAUUUUCAGGGUGCACUUCUUUCAUCAAAAAGACCAUCAAUCUUUUGUAUAGUGAACUUGUAUAGUGUGUUUAAAUGGGACACAUUUCAAACUAGGUAAAACAUCAGUGUCCGCUUGCCAGUAAUAGAUUUAAUAUUCUGUUUUAUACUAUAAAGUUAUGGAAAUGCCAAACUUGUUUAUUUAAUUGUUUUCUUAUGUUUUGGGUGUAAUAGUCCUUCUUUUGGUUUUUGUUUGUUUUUUAAGGCAGGUCUGUCUUUUUUGAAUACUGUAAAACUGUGAUAAACUUUAUAUUGAAGCUGUAUUUUAAUAUGCCCGCUUUGAAUCCUUACAUGAAAAUGUUCUGGGAGUUGUUAUAAACACAUCCCAAAGCAGCAAUAUUUAAUAAAACUAGGUUUAAAAAAAAAAAAAACAGUGACACUCACUUGUGUGUAUAUCAGCUCUAUAGACUUCUCAGGGCCUCCCUUCAUCUUUCACCUGGUGGGGCCAGUAGUUAAUUUCUAAUGAUACAUGUCUGGAAUUUUAC